GAAUGAAGAAUUCUUGUUCUAAAACUAAAUUCGUCUAAAAUUCAAUGUAAUAAGAAAAUUUGUGAAAAAAGAAACUUAAUCGUAUUUUCCAAGUAUUUUCUGUUAUCAAAAGAUACCUGUGCUCAGAGCAAAAGACAAUGGAGGACCAAGUGCUCCCUGUUAAGUUCAAAUCCAUCCAUGUUAAUCCCAAAUUCCGGAAUGCCCACAUAAAUCCGUCAUUUUUCACAAAGGCCACAGUUGCGUCAAAUAUUCACGUUAAUCCCAAAUUCCUGACCUUGCCCGCUGCUGCUGUCCCAGUAGACCCAAAUCCCACUGUGAUCCACGAAGAAGCCACCCCGACACCGCCGCCCAUUUACAAGACCCGACGGAAACUCAUCCGGAAUGUGGGGAAGCCAGCAGCUGUGAAGGGACCCCAAGUGCCAAGUACGAGGCUGGUGAAGAUUAGCAAGAAUAAGCUCAUCCGGACGACGAGCCAGACACCCAUUGGGGUGGGCAAGAAGAGCCCCGUGAAGAGCUCCGAAGGCGGGAGGAAUUUGUACAAAAUUGACAGAAGGAAUUUAACCCUGAAGAUGACACCACCUAGUCAGAGGAAGCUCAGGAGCAGUUUCAGCCCAAAGAUUGUUACCACCACCAAUAGAAAGUUGAUGAGGAUUGGAACUUCCUUCGUGAGCUACUCCCCUCAGAAGAUAUCACGAUUCAACGAAACCCCCAAAUCUUCUCAUCCGAACACUUCGUCAAAGAACCGGAAGCUCCAUUUCCUGAACAUUAAUGGUGUUCUGUACAAAUCCACUGCGAAUAAAUUGCAAAAAUCUACCCCUGGUGCUGUAACCAAGACGCAUGUAUCGCCAAAGAAAGCCCAGGAUCGUGUGCUAUUUAUUCGUGGGGAGAAGUUUACGGUGGAUGGGAAUGGGAAGCGCCUCCGGAAGUCAAAUGCGUCAUCGUCUGCGCUGAAAUUGACACGAAUCCACUUUGGUGGCCUAACGUACACGGCUAAUAAGAAUGGAACGUACGAAAGGACGAAUUCUCACUUUGCCCGGACGCAUUUGAGCAUCGCCAAGCAGAGAAGUAUCUCCUUUUUGGCCAAUAAAAUGGUCAAGAGUAACCUGCCAUGCCUCAUCUAUCGUCGUCUGGGGAAGUGUCUGGCACGUGAGAGGGGGCGCUGCCAUCGGGUACAUGAUCCGGAACAAGUAGCUGUUUGCCGGAAAUUCCUCAAGGGUGCAUGCAAAGACCCCAAAUGCCUCCUGGCGCACAAAGCUGACCUGUCCAAGAUGCCAACGUGCAAAUUCUUCCUGGAAGGAUGCUGUACAGCCUCAGAUUGCCCCUAUUUGCACAAGAAGCUCAAUGAGAAGACAGAAAUCUGUCGAGACUUCCUCGAGGGGUUCUGCAAACAAGCCGAAAAGUGCCCCAAACGUCAUGAUCGCAUCUGUCCGGAAGUCGAAGCAAAGGGCGUUUGUGAUAGACCGCGCUGUCCCUUCCCGCAUCCGCAGAAGAAGUUAAUGAGUUCAAGUGAAAAAGUGCCCAAAAAACGCGACCCACCGAAUGUUGUGUUCAAAAAUGACAAAGUGCGCUACUUUGCUGAAGAACGCGAGUGCGAGGAUGUUGAAUUGAGUCCAGAGGCGAAGGAACGUCUAGCCAGGACAUUGGCAAAAGUCAGCAAAAUGAAAAGGAACUACUGGAUCAGUGGGCAGGAUGAAUGUGGUGAGACUUCCAUUUCUUCCAUUUCCAAUGAUGAAUCCGUGGGGGAGUGUGUUGUUGUGCCAAGUGUUCCCUUCAGUAGGCCUCCCAUUGGGGAUCUACCCCAUUUUAUUCCACUCUGAACGUCUCUAGAAAUUAAAUUGCGCGAAAUACUCGUCUUAAUUAUUCGUCCUUUAGAACAAAAAAAUCAGCUUUAAGUUUAUUUUCUUUUUAGUUUUUUUUUUAAAUAGGUAAUUUAAAGCAAUUUUAGAUAAAAAAAAUCCCAACGAAGCAGGAAUGUACGUACGUACAAUUUUAGUCAUUCUUGCAGAUUUUAAUUGAAAAUAAAUAUGAGAAAAUAAUUCAAAUGAUUCAAAUAAAUUGUUAGAUUGAAAGAUUUCGUGUUAAAUGUUACACAGAGAAAAAUAAAUGUGAAAAGUUUCUGUUUCGUUGAUCACACUUCACUAUGUGAGUUUUAGAAAAAGAAGAAGAAGAAGUAAGAGUGGGAUAUAAAAAAAAUCAGUAAAACGUGGAAAAUUAAGGAAAUUGCAAAGAAAAUAAGAAAAAGCUGCGAUGAAAUGAAAAUAUGCGAAGAAACGUUAAAACUUUAAGAAAAUCACACGAAAUUCAAAAAAAAUUCGCAAAACUUUAAGAAAAAACGUAAAAAUCAUAAAACAGACGCAAAAAUUUUGGAAAAUGUGGGUGGUAAGUUGAGAAGAUUAACCUUUUAGAAGUCUAUUUUAGGGAUAUCAUCUUUUAAAUAGAUCACGUAAUAUUAGUUUCACUCCUAUUCAGGAUCUUUUCAAACAUGAGAACGAUUUUUCUGUGAUAUGGAAAAAUCUUUUUAAUUUGAUUAAUUUUUUUUUCUUUUAACAAAAUAGAACAUUUUUAGAAAGCGCAUAAAAAAAUUAAAAAUCGCUGCAAAUAAAAAAAAACCUUUUAAUUGAACUUAAAAAGUGCAUAUAGCCCUAGUUUUUGAACACUGUGAUAUCUUACCAUAGUGAUGAUGAUGAACUUAAAAAAUUAAAAAAAAUAUUUUUUCAUUCAAAGUAAAAUUCUGAUAAAAAUCUUUUUUUUUCUAACAAAACAGAUGGAUUUUUAAAAUUAUUCUGUUGUCGUUCUCAAAGAAUAAGUAUUUCCAGAAAUCAGUCAGAAAGAACUUUAAAGGGCGCUUGAAGAGUAAUUUUCUUUGAGAAACCCGUUUAAAGAAAGAAAUGAAAUCUUAAAAGAUUUUUCCCAGAAUACCAAAAAACUUAAAACUGACGAAUUGUAAGGAAAGAAAAGAUUUGUAUCAGAAUCUACCCCAAAAUUUUUUUAUCAGCGUCUUAAUCCACGAAUAGGUUGGUUUUUGCGUACUUUUACUUUCAAGACAAUCUGUGAGAACGAUUUCAAUUCCCUUAGUUUGCAUUUUGGGAAAAUAUUUUUCUCUGUGUAGGAAAUAUUUUUUCUUAAUCCAGAAUUACCCUUUAAUUCCAUCCUCGUUUGUUUUCUCUGAUUAAUUUUUUUAAGGUACAUUCCUGCUUUUUAUGGGAUUUUUUUUAAAGAAAAGUCGUAGAAAUUAAUAAAUAAAAAUGGAAUGCUUUUGUAAAUAAUUUCCUUUUCAGAAAUAAAGAGAUUUUUUUCUUCUAAAA